AUGGGCCGGAGCCUGAGCCCGCUGCUCCGGCAGGAGCUGGAGAACCUGGACAAAGACGCCGACAGCCGUCGGAACGCCAUGAAGACGCUCAAGUCCUACGCCAAGCAGCUGGACUCCAAGUCCAUCCCGCACUUCCUCGCCGAGGUCUCCGACAACAAAGCCCCCGGCCUGCCCUCCGGCGAGUUCACCAUCUCGCUCUACGAGGUGCUCGCCAGGGUCCACGGCCGGAACAUCGUGCCGCAGAUCGGCAACAUCAUGUCCACCAUCACGCGCACGCUGUCCUCGAGCGGCGGCUCCUUCCCGCUGCACCAGGCGUGCUCCAAGGUGGUGCCAGCCAUAGCGCGGUACGGCAUCGACCCCUCGGCGCCCGAGGAGGAGAAGGCGCGCAUCAUCGCCUCCCUCUGCAAGCCCCUCUGCGGCGCGCUCAUGAGCGACCAGGACGGCGCGGCGUCGGGCGCCGCGCUCUGCCUCAAGGCGCUCGUGGAAUCGAGCAACUGGAGGUUUGCGUCCGGUGAGGCCGUCAACGAGGUCUGCCUGAAGGUCGCCGGGGCGAUGCACGACAGGUCGACCCGGUCCAAUGCUCACAUGGGCCUGGCAAUGGCGCUUGUCAAGCACAACGGCCUGAUCGCAGAGGCGUAUGCGAGGUCCCUUGUGCGGUCUGCCCUGCAGGUUCUUGACGGCGACGCCGCGGAGAGCAGCUCCCAGAAGCGGCUCUCGGCGAUCCAGAUGAUCAAUUUCUUCAUGAAGUUUGUCGACCCCAGGAGCAUAUCCUCGGAGCUUGGCAAGGUGGUGGUUGUCAUGGAGCAAUGCCAGAACGACCGCAUGCCGUUCGUCCGAGGCGCCGCGUUUGAGACGUCGCAGACCGCCAAGAACAUUGCUGCGCAGAAGGGGUCGAGGCACGAGGUCACCACGAGCCCGAUGGUAGGCUCCAACUUCCAGAAGAGAAGAGAGAAAAGCCCAUGCAGGAGCCUCUGGAGUGCCAAGGGCAGCAGCCCUGCAAGCUCCACCAUGUCUGCUUCACCGGUUCAGUUCCAGUCCCCUGAAUCGCAGGUGGUAGACUCAACCAUCAUGUAUGGCAGUAGUACGCUCACCGAAUCGCCCAUCUCGAUCGGGCAGUCUUCUUGCAAUUUCAAUCAGAGCCGGCGCGCAAACAGGAGGUUAUGGAGCAACGAUGGUGUGGAUGUUUCUCUCAAGGAUGGCUUGUUCAUUAGGUUCUGCUCAAACGGCAAGUGCCUUGAAGAUGACCUGGGGGAGGUUUGUGACAGCGAAGUAACCGAUGCUGAUUUUGAGUGCACUGGCACAUUCACAGGGUUUGUUUCAGCCAGCCCCAACAACACCUUACCAACAGAUGAGACCCCCAGUCCGCAGGCUUCUGAAAGGCCCAUCAGCAUUGAUGAUGUGAAGCUAUACACGACGCCGAGAAAGCUUCUCCGAUCUCUCCAGAGUUCGUACGACUUCGACUCUGAUCGCCACAAGGAAAAAUCAAUCAUGAAGCUGAACUGCACAUCAUUGUCGUCGUCGUCAUCAUCAUCAUCAUCAUCACCACCAUCAGAUCAGGAACAUAAGGAACUAACCGAGUCAUCUGAGGAUAUGCAAUCUGAGCAUUCUGAGAGUAAGACUGAAGAGGGGAACAAAGAGACUGAAACCGCUGCUGAUAGGCCUAGCGCUAAGGGUACUAUGGAGAUUAUCUGCAAUGAAGAUAAAUCAGGUCUGUCUAGUACUGAAGUUGAGAAUACAACCUGUGAAGAAUCCUCCGAGGUUGAAUUCAAGGAGCUGGGUGUUUGUGUGAAAAGAAGCAGAGGGAAGACCAGCAAGUAUAAGACAGCAUUCAGUUGUCUUUUGGGCAUAAUCAUUUUCAUUGUUGCAAUCAUCGCUGUGUUAAUUAGGAUAGACAGUGCUGAGGAUUAUGUUGGUCUAGUCCCCACUUGA